AUGGGCUCCUCCGCCGCACGCCACUCGGGCGCCUCGUCGUCGGCGGCCACGAGCAUCUACGCCGCACCGGCGCCGCUGCGCCUCAAGCCGCCGACGGCAGAGGAGGAGAGCGCCGACUUCAAGCGCAACUGCGACGAGGUGCAGCGCUGGUUCGACAGCCCGCGCUUCAAGGGCAUCAAGCGGCCGUACGGUCCCGCCGACGUCGUGUCGAAGCGUGGAAGUGUGCCAGUGCAGCCGCCGCAGUCGUCGCUGAUGGCCGACAAGCUCUUUGCGCUGCUCAACGAGCGCUUCGCGGCGCGCGAGCCGGUGCACACCAUGGGUGCCAUUGACCCGGUGCAGCAGAGCCAGAUGGCAUACCACCAGGAGGUCACAUACAUCUCGGGCUGGGCUGCCUCGUCGGUCCUGACGACGUGCAACAACGAGGUGGGCCCGGACCUGGCAGACUACCCGUACACGACGGUGCCGAACCAGGUGCAGCGCCUCUUCCGCGCCCAGCUGCACCACGACCGCAAGCACUACGACGAGCGCUCGCAGCUGCCCGAGGCCAAGCGCGCACAGACGCCCUGGGUCGACUACCUGCGGCCCAUCAUCGCCGACGCCGACACUGGCCACGGCGGCCUGAGCACCGUCAUGAAGCUCGCGAAGCUCUUUGCUGAGAACGGCGCUGCUGCUAUUCACCUCGAGGACCAGCUGCACGGCGGAAAGAAGUGCGGCCACCAAGCCGGCAAGGUGCUGGUUCCCACGUCGGAGCACAUCAACCGGCUGAACGCGACGCGCCUGGCCUGGGACGUGCUCGGCUCCUCCAACCUCGUCAUCGCUCGCACGGACAGCGAGAGCGGCAAGCUCAUCUCGAGCAACAUCGACUCGCGCGACCACGAGUUCAUCCGCGGCGCAUACAACCUGAAGCCGGGCACCAAGAGCCUCGCGGAGACGCUCGCUGAUGCGGAGGCCGCGGGAGCUACUGGGCCGGCGCUGGACAAGGUGGAGAAGCAGUGGAUGGACGGCUGCGAGCUGCUCACAUUCGACGAGGCCGUGCAGAGGAAGAACGCGGGCAACAGGCAGGGCCUGGAGGAGUACGCCAAGCAGGUCGCCUCGGGCGUGUCCAACUCCGUGGCGCGCAGCACUGCAGCGUCCAUCUUCGGCGCCGAGGGUGUGCCAGUGUGGGACUGGGAGGCGCCGCGCACCAAGGAGGGCUACUUCCACUUUGUCGGCGGCGUCGACGCGGCCGUGAAGCGCGUCAACCUCUUUGCGCCGUACGCCGACCUGCUGUGGCUCGAGACCAAGACGCCGGACGUCAAGGAGGCCACGGGCUUUGCGAAGCGCAUCCACGACGUGCACCCGGACAAGAAGCUCGUGUACAACUUGAGCCCGAGCUUCAACUGGAGCGCCCACGGCUUCGACGACGCCUCGCUCAAGAGCUUCAUCUGGGACCUGGCAUCCGCCGGCUUUGUGCUGCAGCUCAUCUCGCUCGCCGGCCUGCACAGCACGGGCAUGAUCACGAGCCAGCUCUCGCGCGAGUUCAAGAAGGACGGCAUGCUGGCAUACGUCAACCUCAUCCAGCGGAAAGAGAAGGAUCUGGGCUGCGACGUGCUGACUCACCAAAAGUGGAGCGGUGCAGCGUACACGGACCGCAUGCUCCAGAUCGUCUCGUCUGGCAGCUCGGCGACCUCGGCCAUGGGCGGCGACUCGACGGAGCACUCGUGA